AUGCUCGAGAAGCUGCUAGAUGGCGGUUAUCUGCCCACGACUGUCAUUCGCGCUGGUAUUCGCCAGCAGCUGCGCCAGAGACUGGCUUCUAUCGCGUCGACGUCGAAUGCAACUGCCUAUGACACGAAGAUGAAGUAUGUUGAGCUGCUGCGCGAGAGGCCGAUCGCGAUUGAGACGUCGAAAGCAAACACGCAGCACUAUGAAGUCGGUACUGGUGUGCUCAACAACAUGCUUGGGCCGAACAUGAAGUAUUCGUGCUGUCUUUACGAGGGCCUCAAGCCGGGACAAGGUCUCGGCGAGGCAGAGCUGCUUAUGAUGGAGGAUUAUGUCAAGAAGGCAGAUUUGAAAGAUGGCAUGACCAUGUUUGAUCUCNNGGGUAUGACUUUGAGCUUCGCUGGUCAAAUUAGAAGAAGACAGCUAACAGAAAGCAGGUGUGGUUGGGGAUCGCUCAGUCUGUUCCUUGCAGAGAAGUUUCCCAACUCGAAAAUCACUGGCUUCUCCAACUCGCGCACGCAAAAGGAGUAUAUUGAUUCGCAAGCCAGCAAGCGAGGCCUGAGCAACCUGACGAUUGUCACGGGAGACAUUGCUACGUACGAGUUCCAAGCACCACUGACCGAGUCGUUCGAUCGUGUCUUGUCGAUAGAGCUGUUUGAGCACAUGAAGAACUAUCAGCUUCUGCUGCGCAAGGUGUCGAGUCUGCUCAAAUCGGGCGGCAAGCUGUUCGUACAUAUCUUUGCACACAAGGACAGUCCGUAUGACUUUGAGGACGGGUGGAUGACUGAGCACUUCUUCACGGGCGGCACAAUGCCCAGUGCAGACCUGUUGCUCUGGUUCCAGGAUGAUCUGAGAUGCCAGCGCAUGUGGUGGGUCAAUGGCAAGAACUACGCGCAAACGUGUGAGGUAAGAAUUAGAAAAGUAAAUUCGACGGACAAAGACAACAGGCUGACAAGGUGUAGNGACUGGCUGUCAACCAUGAACAGAAACAGGCAAGCGCUCUGGCCGCAUCUGGAGGAGACAUAUGGAAAGGAAAAGGCUCUGACGUGGUUCCACCGAUGGCAGAUAUUCUACCUCGCAUGCGCCGAGUUGUUCGCGUACAAUGACGGAGAGGAAUGGGGCGUGUGCCACUAUUUGUUCGAAAAGGCAUAG